GGCGGGCCGGGCGCGAGCGCGGAUUUGGAACAAACAACGGCGGCCAUGUUGAGCGGCCGCGGGCGCAGAAAGUUCCCGGGCCCGGCGCGGCCGCUCACGGCGCCGCCCUGUGCUCUCCCGGCCGCAGGAUGACAGUGAAGCUGGGCGACGGCGGCGGCGGCGAGGACGGGCUCAAGAAGCUGGGCAAGCGGGCGGCGGAGGACGAGGCGCUGGCCGGAGACGCGCCCGGCGGGGCGGACGCGGCGGAGGACGGCGCCACAAAGCGCGACGAGCCGCCCCCGCGGGCCGGCGCCCCCGCGGCCCCGCCGCUCGGCAGCCCCCAGGACCAGCACCACUUCCUGCGCUCGAGCGUGCGGCCGCAGAGCAAGAGGCCGCGGAGGGACCCGCCGGGCGCGGGGGGCGGCGGCUCGGGGCCCCGCGGGAAAGGAGCCGAAGGUGGCGGGUCGGCAUCUGGAAAUGUGGCUGGGGUUGCCCCCAGUGCCCCUGCUGGGGGCUCACGCUCCUCCUCCCGGAACUUGGGAUCGUCAGGUGCCGAGAAGGAAGAAGGCAAAAAGGUGCGGCGACAGUGGGAGUCGUGGAGCACAGAGGACAAGAACACCUUCUUUGAGGGGCUGUACGAGCACGGGAAGGACUUCGAGGCGAUUCAGAACAACAUCGCCCUGAAGUACAAGAAGAAGGGCAAGCCCGCCAGCAUGGUGAAGAACAAGGAGCAGGUCCGGCACUUCUACUACCGCACGUGGCACAAGAUCACCAAGUACAUCGACUUCGGCAACGUGUUCUCCCGAGGCCUGAAGAAGUCGUCCCAGGAGCUGUACGGCCUCAUCUGCUACGGCGAGCUGCGGAAGAAGAUCGGCGGCUGUAUGGAUGACAAGAAUGCAACAAAGUUGAAUGAACUCAUUCAGGUCGGGGCGACGACCGUGCGCUACAAGGGGAGAAACCUGAGGAUCAAAGCGCCCAUGUGUCGAGCCCUGAAGAAGCUCUGUGACCCCGAUGGCUUGAGUGAUGAAGAGGACCAAAAGCCCGUUCGCCUCCCCCUGAAAGUUCCUGUGGAGCUCCAGCCACGGAACAACCACGCCUGGGCCCGCGUGCAGAGCCUCGCUCAGAAUCCGCGCCUCAGGAUGAUCGUGGAGCUGCACCGGAAGGUCUCCAGCCUCAUCGAGUUCUUAAAGCAGAAAUGGGCCCUGCAUGAGGUUCGGAUUCGCAAGACACUGGAGGAGCACCAGGUGCAGGGCCCACGCAGCCCACCAGCACAGGAGAGGGUGGCCCUGCACCUGUUCCCAGGUGAAAAUUGCACGCUGACCCCGCUGCCGGGUGUGGCCCGCGUGGUGCACUCCAAGGCCUUCUGCACAGUGCACUGGCAGGAGGGCGGCCGGUGCAAGCAGAGUUCCAAGGACACUCACUCACUGCCCCCUGCCCAGAUCCUGGGCAUCCCAGGUGGGCAGGGCACAGCCCGGGGCCAGGUGAAGUGCCCGCGCAGUGGUGCUGAGGGAAGGGCUGGGGGGCGGCCUCUCCCCACAGAUGCUUUACAGAGCUCAGGGGAUAGCUCACCCGAAAGUGGUCCUGGGGAGGGGCCUGCCCCCUGCCUCAGCAGCCCGAAUGCUGCUGACAGGCCUUCCCCUGGACACCAAGACGAGCCACACCUUGAGAAGACCUCUGGGGCUCCGACAGACGUGGGCGAGGGCCCCACGCGAGAGCCAGAGCCUUUGCCGUGUUCCUGCGGCCAACUCCCGGACCUGAAUGAUGAACUCUCGCUCCUUGACCCCCUGCCCCGCUACCUGAAGUCCUGUCAGGACCUCAUUGUCCCUGAGCAGUGCCGCUGCAUGGACUCUCAGCCUGGCAGGGAGCCCCCUCCUCCCAGGAGGGCACCCUCCCCAGAGACUCAUGCUCCUGGUAGGGGCGGUGAGGAGGUCACUGCCCCCAGCCCACCCGGCUCGGAGCCUCUGCCAGGCCCUGGGACGCCCCCGGAUACUUGCACUAAGGACUCUGCGGACAUUCCCGUGGAGGAGCCCCCACAGCCUCAGGGACAGCCGCCUCCUGCCAGGCCCCCAAAGGAGCUUCCUGCCAGCCGGCUGGCCCAGCAGCUCCGGGAGGAGGGCUGGAACCUGCAGACCUCCGAAAGCCUUACGCUGGCCGAAGUCUACCUCAUGAUGGGCAAGCCCAGUAAGCUGCAGCUGGAGUACGACUGGCUGGCGGUGCUGGGCCCCGAGGGCCGCCCUGGCUCCCCGCCCGCCGUGCACAGGCAGCGGCUCCUCAGCUGCCUGCUGAGGCUCAUCUCCACCGAGGUCAGCCCCAGGCUGGCUUCCGAAGGAGGUGCCGUGUCCACAGCCCCCGUGAGGCCUGCCCCGGAGGAGCAGUCGGCGACGCCCCCAGGGAAGAUGGCCACCAUCAGCUCUCGAAGCCCCCGCUGCCCUCGAAACCAGUCUGCCCUCCGCGGCAGCAAGACCUUCGCAGCGGGCUCCACACCCUGUGCCUCAGAUGUGAGGAAUCCUCCGCGACCCCUCCUAGUGGCCGGUCCCUCCAGCGCGGGCAGCAGGGACUCAGACGGCGGCCUCUUUGCUGUCCCUACAACCUUGCCCCCCAACAGCCGGCACGGGAAGCUCUUCUCCCCGAGUAAGGACGCAGAGCUGAGCUUCCGACAGCAUCUGAACUCUAUCAGCGUGAGUGCCCCUGCCCGUACCCUCGCCCCGCCAGCAGGGACCAGCCCUUCGAGGCCGCCGCUGUUUGCCUUGCAGAUGCAGUCGGAUUUCUUUCUCCCCAAGCCCAGGAAGUUGCGGAAACGCCACCUGCGCAAGCCCCUGGUGGUACAGAGAAUGCUGCUUCCUAGGCCAUCUGAAGGCCAGUCCCAUAACGUCUGCUCCUUCUCCAUCCUGUCCAACUCCUCACUCACAGGGAGAGGCUCCUUCCGUCCCAUCCAGUCUUCUCUGAGCAAAGUGGCUGUGUCCCGACCGAUUGUGCCCAAGGCCCUUCCCCCCCAGGCCACGAGUUCCCUGGCCAGUGCUAUAGACCUGGCUGCAAAAAGCGCCGGCAUCCUCCCUGGGAGUCCCCUCCCCGUGCUGGACGCCGAGGGCUUGUCGGGCAUCUCGCCACUGGCUUCAGACAAGGUGGCAGCUGCUGCCUCAGCGCAGGACUCCACUGGAACCCACCGACAUGAAGACCCCGUCCGUUCAGUGGAGGGUUCAGGCAGCUCGUUCAUCAGCAUCCGCUCGAGGCCUGAGGAGCCCGUGGCAGACAGUUUCCAGGGCUCACCUGUUCUCUCCCUGUCUGAGCUGCCCAAGGCUCACCUCCAGAACGGCCUCUCCGCACCUGUGCCCUCCUCGGAAGGCUCCAGCACUCGGCUGUCUCCACCCAAUGUCUCCGCCCUGCUGGACAUUUCCCUGCCCGGCCCCCCCGAGGAUGUGCUGUCGCAGGGCGAGCCCGCCACACAGAUCAGUGACUCCAUCAUUGAGAUCGCCAUCAGCUCCGGACAGUUCGGGGAAGGAGUCCCUCUCUCUCCAGCCAAACUGAACGGCAGUGACAGCUCCAAGAGUCCUCACUCUCCACCCAGCAGCCCCCAGCCCAACUGGAUUGCCUCCCCCACCCAUGACCCCCAGUGGUACCCCAGUGACUCCACAGACUCCUCACUCAGCAGCCUGUUUGCGAGCUUCAUCUCCCCCGAGAAGAGCCGAAAGACGCUGCCGGCCACUGCUGGGGGCAACAGCAGCACUUGCUUGCUUGGCCCCACUCUGUUGGACGGGAACUCACGGGACUCAUUUGUGUCCAGGUCCCUGGCAGAUGUCACAGAGGUGGUCGACUCUCAGCUGGUGUGCAUGAUGAACGAGAACAGUAUUGACUACAUCUCUCGCUUCAACGACCUGGCCCAGGAGCUGGCCAUCACCGAGCCUGGCCGCCGAGAGGCUCUGUUUGACGGGAGCGGAGGUCCCCCUGUUGGUGACCUCUCGCAGUGAGCGGACCUCGUGGCAAGGGCCUUCUGGAGGCUCGAGGAGAGAGAUGAGGCCCUCUUCACCCUUGAGAAGACCUCGGUCCCCAGUCCCAGAGGAUGGGAUGGACAGAGGCCCGUCUGUCCCCC